CUUCAGCAUGAAUCAAGUGGAUGACACCCCGCCUCUGCGUCCCCCCAUUGGUCCCCGUGUUGAGCGUGGGGGCCGUAAGGUGUGGCCUUGCACCACUCGCCUCCUGCAGUGCGCUCACAAGGGAAUAAACAGCAAGAGCCAUAAAGGCACCAUUGUGCGGGGGGACCACUAUCGCAUGUUUUCAGCGUCUGCUAUGUGGACUCAAGUAUGAAGUGAAAUAAAGAACUUUCCUGGGGCUUUUUGAAACUCUUCCAGGGGCACAAACGUCAGAUAAGUGGUGUCCUCAUUUGACUAAAAAUAACUUGGAAACUUUCUCACCGGCCCGCAAUGAGGAGCGCACUAUGAGGCCAGUUUGCUGUGCUCCAUCUCACUGAAGCUUUCCCUCCAAACAGGUGGUUUUCGGAUAUUUCGUGAAGGUAUCUGAGGCCUCAGCAUGCCAGUGCCCCCUCCUCCCCCUCCACCUCCCCUGGCUCCCCCACCACCCCCACCGCCCAGUGCUGCGCUACCACAGUGUCCAUCAGAGCCUCCUAAGCUCCAGUCUGGUGGAGGAGGAGGUGGAAGGAAUGCCCUGUUGGCCGACAUCCAGAGAGGAGCCAGACUCAGGAAAGUCACACAGGUCAACGACCGCAGUGCCCCGUCCGUCGAUAAGCCCAAGGCCAGCACUGGAGAUGUGUCCAGCAGUGUUGGUGCUUCUCAGGGCUCAUCAGGAGGGACGGCACCCAUGGGACCCUCUUUGGGUGGGCUCUUUGCUGGAGGGUUCCCCACUCUCAGGCCUAUAGGUCAAAGAGACUUAGUAUCACGGUCGAGCUCCUCUGCCUCCCUGAAGCCCCUGUGGAACCCUCCCUCACCAGCGGACACGAGCAUCAUCCCUGAGCCUCACAGGACAGCAGAGCUCCGAGGCUCCGUCCACCGUCCGCUCGCUGCCUCGCUUCUUUUACCCCUUGCUGCCCCUCCACCCUCCCGCCUCCACCACCCAAGCUUGCCCCAGUGCCCUCCCCAGCCAUGCGCUCUCUGCCUCCCUCUUACCCCUGCAACGCUCCUACCCGACGUCCGCCUGCUGUGCCCAGAAGUGCAGGUAUGAGUCGUCUGGCUCCCCCUCCAGCUCCUCCGGCACGUUCCCCCUCUACUGAGCUGUCCAGCCGCAUUCCUCCACCUCCACCUCCACCUCCACUGCCUCCAUCAAGCCUCAGGAAUGGAUACCUGCACAGCCUCGAUGAUUUUGAAUCCAAGUUCCAGUUCCACCCUGUAGAAGACUUACCUCCUCCUGAUGAAUUCAAGCCUUUCCCUCGGAUCUAUCCCAGCAAGGAAAACAGAGUGAACCCCAAACCACCUGGGAUGAGGACACACCUCAGAUGAGUCAAGGCCUCACCCUGCCCACCCUCCUCCACACACACACACAUCAGGCAGUUAAACUCAAGUCUUCUUUCCUUCUCAUGACAAUAACAUAACUGCCAUGGACUCAUCUGGAUGUAAGUUCUGUGUGUGUAUUUGUGUUUAGUGUAUUUGUGUGUGUAUGCGUGUGUGUUUAUGCGAGUGUCAAACAGGGUCCCGCCUCAUACAGACUAUGUGACCUCAGACCUUUUCCAGUGUGGAAUGUUUUGAAUGUGUGUGAGGAGGAGGGCUCUCCCUACUCGUGCUCAUGCACACCAUGGACAGUGUCUUCCACUAGCUAUAUUUAACAUGACUCUUGACACAGUUUGCAUUUCACUAUCUGCAUACAGAAUCUAAUAUUUUGAUUUAAUCUCUUAACUGACUUUUAUAUCAGGAUGUCAUGGUCUGUCCCUUUACACAGUAGCACUUUUAAAGUCUGCAUUCAACCCAGAAGCAUGAUUGUAAAGCUAUUUUAAAGACCAGCAACAACUACUACAAGGAAGAAAGUUACUUUACUGCAGUAGGUAACUUUUAUUAAAAAAAAACUUUUUGUCAUAUUUGCUGAAACUUUAGCUAUAUUCUGACCGUGGUGCAUGAGACAGAUACUCUGUAAAAAAAAGUCUCCUCCUAGUGCUCCUAAUGGUAUUUGAAACAAUCCACUGUGCCUGAAUGAAAACAACCAAUCAGAACAGAGGUUGCUAGGUCUCAACAAUCAACUAUCUACAAGCCACCAAUCCAAAGCACCGGUAUAUUACGACUUGGGAAUGAGACCGUCUUUCUUGAAAAAAAAUGUUAGACAACACACUCCAACGAUGUUCUCCCUGCACUUUUCUUUUUGAAAAAAGCUAGACAAUCCUCUCAAGAUUUCAUCUGUUUCCCUUUGUUUUGGGAACUCACUGUUAUUAGCAAAUAAACCUCAUGUGAAUUUUUUUUUUCAGGGGAAUACUUUGUAACCACUCACUUGCACUUCAGGAUAUGCAAACCUUAGGGGUUCUUAAAUCUUUGUACAUAUAAUGGUGCUCUUCUGUGUUUAUGUAAUUGU